AUUUACUGGAUAUUGAGAAAGAGGAAGACAGUAAGAAAAAGGAAGGUAGUAAGAAAAGGAAAGCAGUAAGAAAAAGGGAGGCAGUAAAAAAUAAAAAAGACAUCAAAGUUAACAAAGUUUCAGUACAAUGGGAAUGUGGUUUGUUGGGGAUGUUGGUGCAUUGCUUUGUUCAGUAG